AUGUUAUUAGUCUUCGGAGAUAUUAUAGAUGUAUGUCAAUUGUGGAAUGAGAAUUUUAAUGCAAUAGCAGAGGAUUUUGCAUACGGAGAGAUUCCAAAAGAACAACUUCAAAUUCAGAAAGUUCUUCAAAACUUAAAUACAUUUUUGCAAAGACAUGCAAAGACUAUAUCUAAUUAUGACCUACUGGAAUUGUUGCCAGAAAUCAAUAUUAUAGAAUUCCCACAAACACUUCUAGAGGAGUUAUCUUAUAGUAUUAUCCCAGAGGAACUCACUAAGUCUAAUACAUUGAAUAGGACUCAACACAUAAUAUUUGAUAACAUAAUGGAUCUCAUAAGCAGGAAUGAAAGGGAAGUGCUAUUUGUAAAUAGUCCUGCCAGAAGUGGAAAGACUUAUUUAUAUAAUUGCCUCAUUGCCUAUAUAUGA